GGUAAGUCAAUAUUACGUUUUUUUUUUUUUCUCGCUGACAAAGGCAAAUGAAGCCAUGUUUUUGCUUACAAACAAGUAACAUCUUAACGCCUCGGAACGGAGCCGUGCGCCGACGCGCUGCUGUAGGAGAGGCCGCCCGGAGAGCAACUCCUCGUCCAUGUACCACAUCUGGACGUCUGCGCCGGGAUAGCGGAUCGCCCUUUGAAAAAGAAAAAGAAAACCUUUACUCCGGAUAUCUUCUUUUUUUUUUUUUGGUUUGGUUUUUCGCAAACUACUUGACAGCGACCUGCAACUCUUAACAAAACCCAGCGAGGACGCAGCGGCGCCAAAGCUCAGAGGAAAUACUGUUGAAUCCAGAAAAUGAGUUUCGGGGCGAGCUGGUGAACCAGCGGUGGACACGAGGCGAGAGGACCAGCAGCCGCUGUCAGGCCUCCCAGAGACUGCAGAGCCGUCGACCAAUCAUGAUGAGCAUAGAGGGUGAUGACAAGCGGACUCGCACUCGGUCCAAGGGCAUCAGAGUUCCCAUUGAGCUCGUAGGACAAGAGCUGAGCUGCCCCACCCCUGGAUGCAAUGGCUCUGGCCAUAUCAGUGGGAGAUACUCGCGACACAGAAGCAUUUUGGGUUGCCCCAUAGCCAGAAAGCGGCGUCUGGAGGAAGCAGAGGCCGAGCAGGAGCAGGAGGAAACAGAGCGGCCUGCCUCCAAGAGAAAGUCCCACCCCCUGAAGCUGACCCUGGACGAGGGCUUCAGCGCAGAAAGUGACGCCAGCAGCGAGGCCGAGGGAGAGGGAGAAAAGGAUGGCGAGAACGCAGGAGACGCCAAGGAGGAAGAGGAGCAGGAGCAGGAGCAGGAGGAGGACAGGGAGGCAGUUGCAGAUGAGGAGGGAGAGGGAAUGACAGAAGACCUGAUGCAGGAGAGCCAGACAAAUGGACAGGAAGUGGAGAUGCAGAGUCAACAGAAAGAGGAGGAAGGGAGGACGAAAGAGGAAGACACACAUCAGAAAGAGGAGAACUCAGUAAUAGCUGAUGAAGAGGAGGAGUGUGUGAUCAUCGAGCCUGAGCUCAGAGCAGCGCCACCUGCAUCCGAGGAGUCUCAGUCUCCUUCUCCGAGCGGCGAAGUUGCAGGCAACUCUCUCUUCCACGCUGGCCGGGUUUCCGACAACACUGCUCCAACUGUGGCCAUUCAACUGCCUGUUGCUAUGGAGACGGAAGUCACCGUGGCAGCCAAGUGGGGCGAAGACGUAAAGGACAAGCCGGAGGGGGACAUGAGUAAUGGGGGAGAGGAAGAGGAAGAGGCAGCGCACAGAGUUCAAGUGUUGGAAGGAUCAUCUGUUCUGCAGAAGGAAGCGGCUGAAGUGGAGGCAGCGGAGUUCGAGCAGGAGGUGGAGGAUGAGCAAGGAGAAUGCGAAGACGGGAGCCACCAUGUGAGCCGGGAUAACCACCAGUAUCUGACCGCAGAUGUCCCUCAUGAAGAAGUCAAAGAUGAAGAGGAGGAGGAGGAGGAGGAAGAGGGGGAAGAGGAGGAAGAGAUGGCAGUGCCAGCGCAGCAUAGGCAGGACACCUUAGCAUUACUAGAGGAGGAUGAGGAGAGAGAUGAAGAGGACCUAAGGAACCAUGUUCUGCCCCUUCCUGAUGUGCCAACUGUCAUCCGCACCAUCACCAGCACCGCAGCAGCUCAGGGAACACACAUCACGGCUGAAGACCACAGGGCCGGGCCUCUGGAGGCCUACAGCUUGCACAGGGCAAGUCCCCUAGACAAAUGUGACUCUCAUGGACCUAGCCCUCUUCACAGUUACAAGGCCAGCCCGCCUUUAAGCUACAGCUCCCACAGGGCCAGUCCGCUGGAGGACUACUUUCCCAACCCCAGAGUUGAGAACUAUAAAAUCCACAAAGCUUCGUCCUCAGCCUCUCCCGACAUUAUCGAGGUGCGAUCCGAUAAGUCGGAGGAGAAAGACUUUGAAGACGUGGACGGGGACGACGAGCGCGACGACGAAGACAGCCUGUCGCAGCGCUCCACCGUGACCGACGAGUCCGAGAUGUUUGACAUGACCCGAGGAAACCUAGGCCUGCUGGAGCAGGCCAUUGCCCUGAAGGCAGAGCAGGUGAGGCCAGCUGGGCCCAGAGAGCUACUCCGUGCCCCAGAUAUCCACCACCAGCGAUACUUCACCAUGGAGGACAGACCCAAGCACCUGGACAUCAUCCGCAAGAGCUACUUCAGCAAAGAGAGCAGUAAGCCAGAGAAGAGGGAGAUCAAGUGUCCGACCCCGGGGUGUGAUGGGACGGGUCACGUGACCGGCCUUUACCCCCACCACCGCAGCCUGUCAGGCUGCCCGCACAAGGACAGGAUCCCCCCGGAGAUUCUGGCCAUGCAUGAGAAUGUGCUGAAGUGUCCAACUCCUGGCUGCACCGGUCAGGGCCACGUUAACAGCAACCGCAACACACACCGCAGCCUUUCCGGAUGCCCCAUUGCUGCUGCAGAGAAGCUGACAAAGGGCCACGAUAAGCAGCAUCUCUCUCAGCCAGGCAGCGAGCACCUGAAAGGAAGUCCCAACGACAGAGUGUUGAGGCCCAUGUGCUUUGUGAAGCAGCUGGAGGUGCCCGCGUACGGCAGCUACAGGCCUAACAUGGCACCUGCCACACCUCGCGCCAACCUGGCCAAGGAGCUGGAGAAGUACUCCAAGGUAACCUUCGAUUAUGCAAGCUUCGACGCGCAAGUGUUCGGGAAGCGCCUGCUUGCUCCAAAGAUGCCCACCAGCGAAACCUCACCCAAAGCCUUCAAAACUAAGCCCUCGUUCCCCAAGUCCUCGUCGCCCAGCCUCAGUCUCCACGGUUACGGAAAGAGCUCCACCUUGGCCUAUGACUACUCCCAGGAUGCCGAGGCCGCUCACAUGGCUGCCACUGCCAUCCUCAAUCUGUCCACGCGCUGCUGGGAGAAACCUGAGAACCUCAGCACCAAAGCCCAAAACAAGGAAAUGGACAUUGAGGUGGAUGAGAAUGGCACCUUGGACCUGAGUAUGAAGAAGCCCUUUAAACGAGAGGGCAGUCUGUCCGCCACCAGCCCUGGGGUGCGGUCCCCGGACCCUUCCUCCUCCUCCGCCUCCUCGCUGCAUCACGGUGGAAGCAGUGGGAUGACAUCACCGAACCUACACGCCUACAAGCAGGAGGAUUGGGAGGGACCUCUGGAUUACACCAAACCCAACCGCCAAAGGGAGGAGGAAGUGGACGAGAUGGAGCACACUGGCCAGUCAUUCGUCUCGUCUGACCCGGAGGACUGCGACAUGAUGCAGGAAUGUCUAGAGGACAGGAAGUACCCGGGUGAGGUCACGACCCCGAGCUUCAAGGUCAAGUUCCAGCCCAAGGAUAGCAAGAAAGAGCUUCUCUCGUGCCCGACACCUGGUUGUGAUGGCAGUGGCCACAUCACUGGAAACUAUGCGUCCCAUCGCAGUCUGUCUGGGUGUCCUCUCGCUGAUAAGAGCCUUCGGUCCCUCAUGGCGGCCCACACCCCUGAACUCAAAUGCCCCACUCCAGGUUGUGACGGCUCCGGUCACAUCACAGGAAACUACGCCUCCCACAGAAGUAUCUCUGGGUGCCCGCGUGCCAAGAAAAGUGGAAUUAAAACUCCUACCAAGGACAACCAGGAGGACUCCGAGCUUUUAAAGUGCCCCGUGCCGGGCUGCGACAGCCUGGGCCACAUUAGCGGGAAGUACGCCACGCACCGCAGCGCCUACGGGUGUCCGCUGGCGGCCCGCAGACAGAAGGAGGGCGUCUUGAAUGGCACACCCUUCAACUGGAAGGCCUUCAAGACUGAGGGGCCGACCUGUCCCACCCCAGGCUGUGAUGGCUCCGGACAUGCUAAUGGGAGCUUCCUCACACACCGCAGCCUCUCAGGAUGCCCCAGAGCCUUGUUCGCCAAGAAGAAGGCCAAGUUCCCCACAGAGGAAUACCUGAGCACCAAGUUCAGAGCUAGUGAUGUUUUGGACAACGAUGAGGACAUCAAGCAACUCAACAAAGAGAUUAACGACCUGAAUGAGUCCAACAAUGAAAUGGAGGCUGACAUGGUCAACCUGCAGACUCAGAUCUCCUCCAUGGAGAAGAACCUGAAGAGCAUCGAGCACGAGAACAAGAUGAUUGAGGAGCAGAACGAGGCUCUCUUCAUGGAGCUGUCUGGUCUUAGCCGCGCCCUGAUCCGCAGCCUGGCUAACAUACGCCUGCCACACAUGCAGGAGCCGCUCACCGAGCAGAACUUCGACAGCUAUGUGAGCACCCUGACCGACAUGUACACCAACAAGGACUGCUUCCAGAGCCCAGAGAACAAGGCUCUGCUGGAGAGCAUCAACAAAGCUGUGAAGGGCAUCAAAGUCUGAGGCUUGCGACGAGUGCACACGCACACACCACACACGCAAUCGAGAAAACGCAAUCUGUCCGGAGGCGAAGGAACGCGAAGAAGGUGGAAAAUAGAGGGAUGGAAAGAGAUGGAGAGAUCUCUCCAGUAUAAUGAAAUAUGAUUCAAAAACAAAAAGGGAAUUCAGGUUAUCCAAAUAAACGGCAACUUAAAAAAAAAUCUACCCAGGGAGCACUCUGUUUGAAGAAAAGUGACGCGGACCAAACUCCACACCAUGCUGCUGCUGGGAUUAGGAGGACGAAACCGAUUCCUUCAGUCAGGAUGGAUGGAAAAGAAGAAUAAUGUUACUAGGAACUGUUAUGGGGGUGGGAUGGGGGAGGGGCAUUAAUACACUGUGUGUUUACCUGUUGUCUCUUUUAUGUCCUUACCUGGUUUUUGGAGUUCCAACUGUUGCACUGCUGGUCCGUCUUCGCACUUCACGCCAACUCAAACACGGCAGAGUGCAAACACGGCAUCGCUCACAGGAGCUCGGCGGCAUGAAGAGGAGGACGCGGAUGAGUUGAGCGCGCCCGUCCCGCAGCAUUCACUGUGGCGAGCGUGUGCGAUGGCCGCCUCCAGAAGCUCUCUGAUUCAUGACCCCAAACACACACACACACACCCCAGCAAUAUGAAGCACGCACCAAACUGAAUUAGUGUUUGCGUUGUGGUGUUAAGACGUCAACGCGACAAUGUUGAUUCAUUUUACCGGGAAAUUCUUCAAGUAAGGUAAUGAGACAGAUCCAGGAACGGUGUGGAAACAGCAGAUAAAUGCUUGAUUUUUUUUUUUUGUGUGUGUGAGUAAACUGAAAUGCUGAUAGUAAUAGUGUGCGCACAUUUCAAAUUCAGUUAGUCAUAUCAAUAGUAUUUAUCAACAUAGGAAUUGCACUUCAUUUCAAUUGAUAGUUUUGUGGUACAAUAAUUAUUGUUAUAUAUGAAUUAUUUAAACAUGUGAGCAUUUAAAUUGUAACUUAUUGCCAUUUAUGUUAUUGAGGUUUAUUUAUUUGAAGCAAUCUAUUUAUUAACUUGGUUUUGUAACAGACAAAAAAAAUGCAUCUUUACUGAUUAUCAUGGUCUAAGCAAUUUGCAGAUGUCUUGCGUCAAUAUUUUAAGAAUCUAUAUAGAUAACUGACAAGGCAUAUUUUGUUUUGAGUACUUUUUAAAAACCUUUUUAAGUGCAGAUGUUUUAUAACUGACAAAAUCUUUUGAUAAUUUUACAAAAAAGUUAUUUUUUUGGGUUGUUCUUUUCGUUUUCUUUCUGUUCCUUCUGUUACCGCUACAUUGAGAAAAACCCACUGCUGAGAAAAAGAAAAAAGAGUAUGUAUUUAUUAUUUAUUUAAUAUGAAAGAAAUUGACUGAUAUGGCUGUAUAUUUAUUUUGUUAUUUAUGUGCGUGAUGUUACUGUCGAGUCUGAGUAGUCUUAAAGAUCCACUGCAAAUAUUUAAAUAAAGAAACAGAAUCAAUACAAAUACUGUUUGAUUACUUAGGCUUAUACCUAGACAUACCAGCAGCUGAUUGUAAGGACAAAACAAGUGACCCAACAAAGCAAUCAUUGCUCUGUUGCCAUCUGGCCUCUGUAUGUUUGGUUUUGUCAGGUGAUAUAAAACCAAGAAAAGUUUUUAAAAAAUAAUAAUGAUACAGCAACAACAACAACAACAACAAAAAGAUCCAUAGAGUUCAAAAAAUGUUACCUCUCCCAAGCGCUUUGUAGCGGCCGCCACUGGCUCACCCAAAACCUCUGUAAUGUACCACAGAUGCUUAAGUGAUGCUUUUUGAGUAUUUUUUUCUUAUUUAUUGUUUUUAUCUGUUCAAUGGUACGUAUAUAGAGCUCUAUUCCAGCAGUGUUUUAGGCUGGAUGUAUGGGUCUAAAACACGCGCACACACACACACACACGCACGCACACACACACACACACACACACACACACAUAUCCAGUAGGAUGGCCUCCUUUGACAAACUUCUAUCAGAUAAACAUACACACCCUUGUAGCCUUACUCUAGAUUUUAAUUUUUUGAUGCACAAAGUGCCACUGAAAAAAAAGAAGAAGAAAAAAAACCCACGAGAGCUCACUUUCUUUCCUGAUUCUUCGCAUUUCUGCAAUGUAACAAUGUCUGGUCCCCGGGAAGACCACGGCAUCAUGAGAGUGGUGAUUGUUUCAGAUGCCUUUAUUUCUCUGCCAAGAUGGCCAUAAGUACACAAUAUAUAUACAUUCUGUAUAAAUAGAUUUUAAAGAUGCUAUAUAUAUAUGAAUAUAAACAUACAUAUAUUUUUCCAGUGUAAUUGUUGACUUGCUCUUCUUCUCUUGUAUUACCUUGUCAAAGGAUCACUAGCUGUCCAAAAGAGAUGUGAGGGGUGUUAUCAAAAGGAGGCAUUUACACCUUAUUUAAUAUCACUGACCUGCUCAACUGUGGCUUUACACAAACCAUUCAGUCAAGCUGAAGGCAAAGUAGGCGUUGUUGAUGAUACAAUACAAGUAUUUUCAUAGGUUUCCUUUCCUCUUUUUUUUUUCUUCCAGCCUUUCCCCUUUUUUUUCUUUUUUUUUUAUCUCUCCUUGAUCCAGAAGUGUCAAAAAACAUCUGCUGUAUGUUGUACUACUGAAUCUGAGAAAUGACUGUCAAUUUGAAACUAGAUGGUUGGCUCUUUGUUCCUAAGUGUCAUGUGAGUUCAUGUAUAUUCAAAAAAAGAAAAGAAAAAAAAGAUGAUGCCUCUGAAUAAUGUUCUGCACAUAGUGUUUGGCGGCGUUGUGCAGUUGUUGUAUUGUUAAUGGUGAGGCCUGCUCACUAUGAGCCCCUUCUCUCUCUAAUGUUGAAACAAGCAAGUAGGAGACUUUAGUGUGACCUGCCUUUGAGUGACCCCGUCGCAGCUACUGUGGUGUACAGUAUGAUACCUGUGUGUAACGCUGAUGUCAAAGGCAUGUUGUAAAUGUUCUUUUAGCCAAUGUAGAAUGGAACUCCUUUGUGCACUUUCUAACUGUUGAAAAUGCCAGCAUUUGAGUCUUUACUUGGGAGAACCCCAAUAGAUCAUAGGCAAUAGCAAGUGUUCACCCCUCCCCACCGCGGGAGGGUGCAUUACAAAGCAUUGUCUCACCUGUAUGUUGCUGUUCAUGUAGAGAACAACCUGUGUGUUACGUCAGAUAGAGACACAUCUCUUUGAUUCAGGGGGUUCGCAGCUCGGAAAAAAAAAUGUUGAAAAUGGAAGUGGUACUUUCUUUUCCACACAAAAAACCAAAAGAGACUGACAGGAGGCUGAGUUUGGUUCUCAGGUGACUGGGGGUGGGGGGGGGGGGGGGGGGGGGGGGCUGAAGCAGAACAGAGCAAUGCCAUAGGUCAGCCAGUCAGCUGAGGCUACAGGCGAUAGCAGCGGCUAGAUCGAGGCCCCGUGUGUGAAAUGGGAUGAGUGCGUGGGAGUGGGAAAUUGAUUUGCCAGGCUACACAAAUCGCCCCCAUGUUUUAGGAGGUGUUUGUUGCAUAAAUGUGUGUCUAUCACUCAAAAAGAAUGUCAAUGCUUUUUAUGACUUUUGAAACCCUCGCCCCCCCUUCUUUGUGUCUUGUGUAACCUUUCCUCAGGAAAGAGAUAGUUUGGACACAUUUGGUUAGCAGAGUAGCAUAUCCUUCCUCUCCUGAAAUGCACGAGAAUACGACUGCAGAGCGUUGAGACUGUGAAUAUUCUCCUGACUUCUUUGAUAUGGCAUGACCCCUUUUAAAGUGCUUGAUGAAAUUGUCUACUGAGGUAUGUAAAUGAAUGACACUGAGGCCAUGAACGCAUGGCAUUUUCAAAAAAUAAAAAAGAAGAAGAAUGUCAGCCGAGAAAGCAAAACGCAGCCUACGGUUGGUACUGUGCCCACGCACUGUAUCUUUUCUUAUUUACAUAAAAGUACUGGGUGAUGGAGUGAGGAGCUUUAUUAUUCUAAAUAGCAGAGAAAAAUUGAAAAAGACAGAAAGCAACAGGGCCCAGUUUCCCUGAGGCGCCUGGAAUGAAAAUGAAUUGAACAUGAUGACACUUUCAGGGAAACCAGUCCAGACCAAAAUCCAGCUGUGCAUUUAUGAGGGGGGAGGAGCUUUGCACCCUGGUUCUAUGUCCGGUGCAUAUGUUAGGAGCAGUCACACCUUGACUCAUAAGAGAGAAAAGUAAAGUCGAGUGGCACUUUUCAUCAAGCUGAGCGAAACCAAAAGCCCCCCCCCUCUCUCCCUUCUCCCUGCUGUAGUUACAAGCUGUGUGGUCUUAUCAUGUGUGCCUUUCUCACUCCACUCAUUUCAAAAUAUGGUAUGUUUACAAACCCGGUUCAAGUACUGCAGAAUACACUUGGUCUGGAUCUAGAUCUCUUAGUCAACACUUUGAGGGAAAGUUGGUGGGGCAGGGUCGGGGGUGGGAGGGGGUGGGACGGGUAUUGUGUAUAAAGAUAUGAAGUACAUGUCUUUGACAUGCAGGUAGAAGCCGUUUGGCGACAGAGGUACAAAACUACAAGCUUUUGUUAGGCUAAAGAAACUGUGAGCUCACUCGAUUCAGGUACCAAACUGCAUGGACUGUUUCUGUGAAGGAAUCUGAAGAACAUCAUCGUCAUCGUCACCACCAUCCCUAGAUAAUGCAUCAGUGUGCAGGGCAUUAUUUUGAAACUGCUGGAAAGUCUCUGUACAUAUUUGUAUUAAGAAGAAAAACAGUGUUAUUGUUAUUGUAUUGAAGACAAGUUCAAAAUGGUUUUGAAAAAAGAAAAAAAAAAACAUGUUUGUGACAAAGAAAAAAAAAAUACAUCCACAGCCAAGGGUUGUCCUGCUAGCACAUUUUUACAGAGAUGAGCUAUUUUUACUGGUGAUUUUCUAGGCAUUGAUAUUGAUAUCCUUUUGAGAAAGUACAAAACUUCCAAAAUUACAAGCACUUCCACACCAAUAGAUUGUAUGGUCAUUUUUGUUACUUUUGUAGAUGUGGUCGUUCCUUUGCUACUGCACCAUUUUGUAAAGUGGGACAGGCCUUGGCUGUGUGUCCUCUGGGUUUGUUUGUUUUUUUAUAAUUUGAGUUUUUCUGAUUUUAUUUUGUAACUAUUUUCGUUUGGGAAGUAAAACACUGUAGAUGGGCUGAAUUUGUGACUGUGUGUUUGUGUACUUGUGUACAUGUUCCCCUGUUCCUGUGUCAGUGUUAUAAAGCAGAGAAGUGAUGUCAGUUAUUGUGGGGGUAUGAAGCAUUUUAAAUGUUCUCUAUGAAAAACACAAAUAAAGAAUCAUAGACAAGAAGGA